AUGGACGGAACAGUCAUCCUCACCGGAGCAAAUGGCUCUCUAGCAUUGGGCUUUGUCCAAUGCUUACUAUCGCUUCAUCCCCAAAUGACCCUAGUUGCCACUGUGCGAAACGCCACCCCAGACCAGGACCCCAACACGGCUAAACUCCUCAGUCUGAUUGCCAAACAUCCCAGAGCAAGAUGCCACCUAGAGACUCUGGAUCUCGGCAAUCUCUCCCAAGUACGCUCCUUUGCAGACCGGCUAGCUGACCAGAUCUCCUCGGGGAGACUUCCCCCCAUCUCAGCGAUAGUCUGCAAUGCCGCCACCUUCUCAUUCAAAGCUGGACAAGUCCUCACGACCGACGAUUAUGAGGCCACCUUCCAAGUAUGCCACCUGUCUCACUACCUCUUGAUCUUGAAACUCCUCGGCAGCAUGGAGAAGUCAUCCGGACGCAUCGUCCUCCUCGGUUCGGUCACCCACGAUCCUGAAAAGCCUAACCCCUUCUAUUCCCUGAGACCGGGGUUUCCUGACGACAUGGAGGAGUUGUUACACCCGCCACCGGAUCCUCCGGCUCUCGUUCACGACAAAGGGUUUCAGAGAUAUGCCACGGCCAAGCUCGCAAAUGUAACCCUGGCAAUGGAUUUGAACCGAAGGCUGCAGGAGGAUGAUCAUCUAUCAGGCAUCACUGCACUAGCCAUGGACCCCGGUGCUCUGCCGAGUUCGCGAGCGCAGGCGGGACAAAGAAAGUCAGCGAGGCGGUUUUUCACGGCCAUAGAUUUUCUGAUGCCGGUUCUGCGGUACAUGACUACGAUGUUUCGCACGAUUCAAGAUGCGGGGCAAGAUUUGGCAGCUGUGGGCGUUGGCUCUGACUUGCGAGGGCAACGGGGUUAUUAUGUGGGGACGAAGCAGGCAACUCCCGCGGCGGUCACUGGGGAUCGUGAAGCACAGGAGAAACUUUGGGGGUUAUGCUGGCGGGGUGCUGGUUUAACGGCCGAGGAGACUGUGCUUCGGAAUGCUGUUCCUGAUGCUUAA